AUGAUGUAUAGCACCGUAGUCCUUUUGGCGUUGGCUUCUAGCGCCCUUUGCUUUAACUCUGAAGUUGAUGAAAAGUUCCGGACGCUUCCUCAUGACGAAUUCAUUAAAUACUUCAACAGUCAGAACUUUUCGUGGAAAAUCCAGAAGAAUAAUGCCCUUGAUGAUAAAGUGCUGGAUUGUGUCGAGGUAAGAAAUGUUUCCCUUCCGGUGAAGCCGUAUGUAAACCAGGCAAUUGGGUGGUAUUUCCCGAAAGAUUUUGAUGCCCGUACGAUAUGGACAUACUGCUUUCAAGAACGACUUAAACCACUCCAAAAAGGGUGUGCUUCAUGUUGGGCUAUUACCGUUGCUGACCUAGCCACUAGUAAGAAAUGUAUUAGAACUUAUUACAAUGAUAUAGCACCUCGCCUAUCAGCUAUGGACUUAACUUGUUGUAAAGACUGCUUCAGUAAGAGCUACUGCAGCGGUGGUUCCCCUGAACGUGCGGCAUUAUUCUGGUUAAAGAAUGGCCUGGUUACCGAAUCUUGCAAGCCGUAUGAUGACAAGGUGAAUGAAACAACAUGCAAACAAGAAUGUAUAGAUGAGAACUUAUUCUACAAUGCAGAUAAAUACUUUGCCGAGCGAGUGUAUAUAAUGCCUGCUGAUGAUCAUCAGAUAAGAUAUGAAUUAGUUUUUGGUGGUCCCUUGAUAGCAACCUUCGCUGUCUACGAGGAUCUGAAAGAUUACAAGAGUGGAGUCUACGAACAUACUCACGGUAAGUUAAUUGGACAUCAUGCCCUGCAAGUCGUCGGUUUUGGAGUUGAAAACGAGGUGCCAUACUGGAUUGCAUCCACUGGUGGACAAUGGGGUGAUGUGAGGGAAAUAAAAAUUAAGCGUUUCCAAGAUAAAUUAGGUUUCGAGACUCAAAUGAUAUCCAUGAUACCUAGGUCCUAG